GCCCCGCGGAGCUGGGCCGCACUGGCCGGCUAACGGGCAGUUCACUCCUUUUCCAGAUGGAGCUGCAGGAGGAAGAAGUCCCAUCCGCGGAGGUCCACCAGGGGCAGGAAGAACUGGCCUCCCACAGGGCCCCCAGAGCCCAGCCCAAAACCGGCUGCCGCCCCACAUGGGAGAGCAGAAAGGACUUCCUUCUCAAACCCAGCGAGGAAGGGAGAGAAAAAGAGAGAGAAACAGCAAUGGUGAAGAGCGAGCUUCGGGCGGGAGCAGAGAGAGGGAGAGAGACAUCAAUGAUGAAGAGCGAGCUUCGGGCGGGAGCGCUGACCCGUGGGCACCCUCCGUCCGGCAGCGGCAGGCGCGCCACGCCCCUGAUGGUGGACGAGGCCAUGUGGCUGCUGUGGAAACUCUCGGAGAAGAAGGAGAUGAAGGCGGCCGUCAAGCACGUAAAGCGGGGCGUCGCGCUCACCUGCAUCGUGACCGGGAUCGGGGGCCUGCUCUUGGGCCCGCCGGGCCUGUUUGUCGGUGAGUGCAGGGCCGGGGGGGGGGCCGGGGAAGAAGGGCGGACGGACACGAAGGCCUCUGUCCACAGCGGCCUCACGGGAGCUGCCACCGCGGAGGGCUGGGAGCUGAGGGGCGCCGUCGGGGGGCUCCUUGCCUGGAAGACCAGCGGGCAGUUUAAGCCGGUCCCCCAGAUCCUCAUGGAGCUGCCGCGGGCCGAGCAGGAGAAGCUGCUCAGCCAGGUCACGGCCAUCGUCAGGCACCUGGAGUGGACGGACGCUGUGCAGCUCACCAUGCUGGUCAUGGGCAGCCAGGCGCUGCAGGCGCGGCUGCUGGCGCUGCUGGUGGGCUACGUCACCAAGGAGCUGCAGGCCGAGGUGCAGUACGGAGACUAGGCUGGGCGGGCACAGGACUCGGGGCGGCCGGGUGCUGGUCCCGCUCUGGAAAGGGAGAGGGUAGAGCAGC